AUGGAGCUCUUCCACCAAAUAAUCCAUCCCAUCUUCCUGCUCCUCUUAAUCCUCACCAUAAUUUUCUCGCGGGUACGAGAUAGAAAAACCGGUCACCGGCGCCGCACCCUGCCGCCAUCCGCCGGCCGGAAGCUCCCCGUGAUAGGUCACCUCCACCACUUCCUAACCACCCGCCAGCUCCCCCACCGGCUGCUCCGCGACCUGGCCAGAAAACACGGCGACGUCAUCAGCCUCGACCUCGGGGAGAUACGCCACGUGGUGAUCUCGUCGGCGGAAGCCGCCAGGGAAGUGAUGCGGACCCACGACAUCAAGUUCGCCCAGCGGCCAAGGCACCCUCAGCAGGCCAAAGUCAUGUACGGCGGCGUCGACCUCAUCUACGCGCCUUACGGCGAGUACUGGCGCCAGCUCCGCCGCAUCGCCACGCUGGAGCUCCUCACCGCCAGGCGCGUGGACUCCUUCCGCCGCGUGAGGGAGGCCGAGGUGUCGGGACUCGUCAGGCAGAUUGGGGACCUGGCCACGACCCCUGUGGCCAGACCAAUCGACCUGACGAGGAUGUUGUUCGACUUGACGUACAGGAUAAUCUCGAAGGCAACGUUCGGGGACGUGUCGAGGGAGCAGGAGGAGUUCAUAAAGGCGGCGGAGGAGGUGGUGGAGUACGCGGGAGGGUUCAAGAUCGCCUUCUUGUUCCCUUCGAGUGGGUUGGUGCAGAGUCUGUUUGGGACGGAGGAGUUGCUGGAGAGGUUCCAUAAGGGUUUGGACAUGUUGGCCGAGAGCCUAAUCGGGCAGCACAGAGCCAGAAGAAGAAUCAAGCCCGCAAGAGAUCAGAAAUGUCGCAAGGAAGAUCAUGAGGAUCUUCUAGAUGUCCUUCUGAAUCUUCAGGAAGAUGAGGCCACUCUUGGUUUUCACUUGUCAACAGAUGCCAUUAAGGCCUUCAUUGUGGACAUUUUCAUGGCUGGAAGCGAGACUCCGUCCGCGCUGAUAGAAUGGACGAUGUCGGAGAUGAUGAGGAAUCCGGAGGUGAUGCGCAAGGCGCAGUCGGAGGUCAGGGGAUUGUUCGGCGAGAGAGGAAAGGUCGAGGAGGCCGACAUUUCCAGGCUGACCUACAUGAAACUGGUGAUCAAGGAGACUCUGAGGCUGCACACCCCUGCACCCUUGGCUCUCCCGAGGGAGUGCAGAGAGGAGUGUCAAGUCGGUGGGUACGAUGUCGACUUGAAGACGAGGGUGCUCGUGAACGUAUGGGCCAUCGCGAGGGAUCCUCGUUACUGGGGAGACGAUGCCGAGAAGUUUCUGCCGGACAGGUUUCUGGAUAGCAAAGUGAAUUUCGGGGGAACGCAUUUCGAGUUCCUCCCGUUUGGAGCUGGAAGAAGGAUGUGUCCCGGAAUUAAUUUCGGACUCGCUGCCGUGGAGCUUCCUCUCGCGAAUCUGCUGUUUCAUUUUGACUGGAAACUUCCCCACGGAGUGGAGCCGGCAAGCUUUGACAUGGAUGAGCAGUUUGGGGUCACCCUAAGGAGGAAAAACCAUUUGGAGCUGACUCCUGUUGUCCGCUAUAACCCUUUACCUGUCGUUUAA